UUACAAUUUCUAAAUAUGACUUCGAGGGGACAAUCGUCUCGUCCACGUUGGAACAAUGUUGACUGGGACUUACCUAAUUUAUCAAGCACACCUACAGUGAAUGCAACGUUAAACUCACUUACGAAUGAAUUUGAAGUAUAUGAAAAGAAACCAUCGCGCUCCAAAUUUGAUUUCGGCUCGAACAGUAAUAGCACACCUAGUUGGGUAUUUGAUGCAGAACGAGGGUGGGAUUCAAAACCGGGAAUAGAAGAAAAGAGCUGGGAAUCUUUAACUAAUCAUCAUGAUCAAGACAUUCAACCCGAUAAAUUCAGCUCAAGGGAGACCGCAACAUUUCGCUUGAACCUCGAGAUUGAUGACACACCUAUAUUCUCUAAAGUUACUGACUACACUUCAUUCCGUAAACAAGAAAUCAUUCCAGAUUUCGACGAUAUUAUUACUUCUGAGGAACUAAAGGAUCCAGAAGAAUGGCAGGAUCGCGAUUACCGACUACCACUUCCUGAUAUACCUAUCAAUCGCGUUAAAACGCCUUACGACAGCGCUGACCAAUAUUUAUACACCCACUUUGAAUUGAUGCGUCAGGAUUUUCUUAUCCCGCUUCAAAAGGCUGUUAAGGCAUAUAAAGAAGUUUACGCUUAUACAAAGACGAAAGAUGACCAAGGUUUAGCCAUGGAAACUGCUUCUAAUCAGCAACCAUAUAGGCUAUAUGAGCACGUCCAUUUAAAUGCCAUCGUAUUCGCUUCAAGACAACCAUUAUAUAGGAUUAGUUUCCGUUUACCCUACUAUUGUCGGGUAAAUUGGCCACAAUCCAAAAGAUUAAUGCCUGGUACAUUGGUAUUAUUGUCUAAAGAUCACUUCCAGAAGGAUUUAAAGGUUGCGACAAUUGUAGAGAGAGGUGAUGAACCCAUGCGUGGUGCCAACAGAUUUGAGUAUUUGUUGGAUUUGUAUUUGGAGCGUGAUAAUGAAAACCAGCCACUUGGAUUUGGCGAUCCCUCCAUGAGCGAUGAAGAUACCUAUGUUAUGAUUGAAGCAACAGACGGUUAUUUUGAAGCUUAUAGACAUGUAUUGAGUGUAUUCCAAAGAAUCAAACCAACUGAAUUACCUUUCAAGCCUUAUUUAGUCGACCUGUCAAACGAAGUUAUGGUUCCACAUUAUGCUGCGCGAAAAAGAACAUAUGACAUCAACGUACAAAAGUACUUUAAAGGGCGUGAGCGUUGGCCGGUGGAUAUCAACGGUGAAUGGCCACAAUACAGAACUGGAAUGGAUAAGACACAGCUCGAUGCAUUAAAGACUAUUCUUUCUCACAACCUCUCUAUUGUACAAGGUCCACCUGGUACUGGUAAAACUUACGUGGGAACUUAUGCCAUGCAAGUCCUUCUAAAUAACUUUGAUGUCUCUUUGGGACCAAUUGUUUGUAUCUGUCAAACUAACCAUGCUUUGGAUCAAUUUUUGGAGCAUAUCUACCCAUUCAACGAUAAUAUUGUUCGUGUUGGAGGACGAUCCAAGUCUGAAUUAUUGAAAGAGCGCACAUUGUAUGAACUAAAAAAGACUCAUGAAAGACCUCGGGGUGUCAGUAGAUUGUAUCGCACAAGGGAUGAAAUUGGAAAAGAAAUCAGAAACACGAUUAUUGAAAUGUAUGAAGAACCCUGUGUAUCGAUCGAAUUUAUCACAUCUAUUAGAGGCUUGAGUCCCAGACAGAUAGAAAGUCUUAAAAGAAUCACUGAACGUGAAAAAAAUCGUGCCCCCCAAUCGGCUGCCAACUCCUUUGUUAGUGAUGAUGUGGACUCUGAUGAUGAUUGGGAAAUCAGUUCUAUUGAACCUCCUACCCCCAAAGCACCUCAAACUAAUAACAACAAGAAGGGAGGUCCACCACCAAGAAAAAAUCCUAUUUCUAAUAAUUGGGCAGGCGGCAACCCAAACAGAGUGGAGACAGUAAAAGAAAAACCACCGAAUCCUGUUGAGGUAUGGCUGAAAGAGGCUAUUGAAUAUGUCGACGAUGCUGGUGUCAUGUCUACACUUGCGGAAGAAAUGAAACAAUCAUUAUUGGAGCAAGAAAAGGGUUUAAUAUUUGACGAGGACCCAGAUGAACGCGAGUUGAUUGAAGAAGAGGAAUUGAAAGAAGUGACACAAGAAUUCAGAGGUGAUGAUAACGUAAGAACCAACCCAUAUAUUCAAAUUGGAAAGUCAUACCAAAAACAAAGCGAAACCGGCCCCGGGGAACGCCCAGAAAGAAAAAUCAUCAACUACCAAAAGAUCAGAGCCGCUGCUAGCUUUGACCCACAGAAGUUCAACUUCUUCAACGAUAAUAACGAGGAUGGUCUAUUUGAUACUGACAAUAACAAAUAUUCCCUGGAAAGAUGGAUGAAGGAAAGUGAUGUAUCUAUGUGGCCCCUUCCUGUUCGCCUAAAAGCACAUAAAAACUGGGCUGAUGAAAGAAAGAGAACCUUAGAGGCUAGGACUAAUAUGCUCAUGAAACGAUACUACGACUUAUCUAAUGAAAUCCGUAAAGUAAUGGCUGGUUUCGAAGCUAAAAUCUGUAGGGAAAACAGAGUUGUGGGAAUGACGAGUACAGCUGCUGCUAAAUAUCAUGAUUUAUUGGAGGAAAUGCGACCCAGAGUGAUGGUUGUUGAAGAAGCGGCUGAAAUGUUGGAAUCGCAUAUUAUCUCUGCGCUAACAAGAUCUCUGGAGCAUCUUAUUCUAAUUGGUGAUCAUCAACAGUUGAGACCCUCGACAGCGGUUCAUGCUCUUGCUGAAAAUCACGCGUUAGGUGUAUCCCUCUUUGAAAGACUGGUUAAGAACAAUUUUCCUUUUACUAGACUUUCUCAUCAGAGACGUAUGCGACCCGAAAUUCGCUCUCUGAUUAACCCAAUUUAUAUUGAUCCACCACUUAACGAUCAUCCCGAUGUGUUUAAUUAUCCACCUAUUAAGGGCAUGGCACAAUCUUUAUUCUUUUUGAGUCACACCGAAGAUGAAACACAUCUAUCAGAGUCUGCUUCCAAGGUGAAUGAACAUGAAGCAAAAAUGGCAGCCAAAUUAUCUGUUUACCUCUUACUUCAAGGAUAUCGUACAGAAGAUAUUACAAUUAUUACCAUGUAUGCAGGUCAAAAAUCCUUAAUCAAGAAAUCACUUCGUGAAGAGAGACGUCCCCAUACGGAUCCUGAGCCUAUUCAGGUUAGUAGUGUUGAUGGUUUCCAAGGUGAGGAAAACAAAAUUAUCAUUUUGUCCCUCGUAAGAAGUAAUACUACUGGUCAAAUUGGUUUCUUGAAGGUUGUUAAUCGUGUAUGCGUAUCGUUAUCAAGAGCUAAGCAUGGGUUCUAUAUACUUGGUAACGCUGGACUCUUAUGUGAGCGAAGUGAUCUUUGGAAUGAAAUUAUUGGAAAUUUGGAAAAUCAACCUGUGAAAAUGAUUGGUUGCAAAUUACCUCUGAAAUGUAAGAAACACAAUGCGAUAACUGAGGUGCAGUGGCCUGUAGACUUUACCGAAGUUGAGGAAGGAGGUUGUACAAGACCUUGUGGUGAAGAACUCCCAUGUGGACACAAGUGUUCGUUCAAAUGUCAUCCAUUUGAUCAUAUGGAUAUUCGUUGUAAUCUUCAAUGUGAAAAGGUACUAUCUUGUAAACAUCCAUGUUUAAGACGCUGCUGUGAACCGUGUGGGUCGUGUAUCUAUCGAAUCAGCGUAAGAUUGCCUUGUGGCCAUACCAUGGAAAAUGAAUGUGGUGUGAUUCGAAAGUUAGCAGCAUCGAAAAAUAAGGAAAGAUGUCCAGUUUGUAAAGCUCCACUUACUGCUUAAUAAAGUAAUACUAUCCUUACAGGACAUUGUGGGAAGUUUAAAAUGUACCAUGUGCCCUAUUUCUAGUGUGGGGAUAUUUCAUUUGCCUUUUUAGAAGUGGGGCGGUGUUAUUUUUAUUAUUAUUUUCCACGGAUGAUU